AUGACCACCACCAACAAAUCACUCGAAGAAGACGACGCAUCUUCAUCUUCACUAAACCGUUUACCAGACGAAAUCAUCCUCCAAAUCCUCACCAAAUCACCCGACCUUAAAACCCUAUGCAUUCUCCACCUCGUCUCCAAACGUUUCGCCUCAAUCAUCCUCCAAAUCGACACCAUAUCCUUCACCGCACCUCUCGUAAACCCUAACACCACCUCCGGCGACAUCACCACCACCGGAUCCCCCAAAAACCUGUUCCGAUCGUUCCUAAACGGCGUCGUUCUCAAACCUAUUCACCUCCUCAAACGUAUGGUUACUCCUUCUACUAAACCUCUUCCGCCUAUGAUCUCUUCGUUUUACGGUGAUUCGUUUCGAUCUGCAGUUACUUUCUUAAGCAAAUUUACUAGAGUUAAGUUUUUAUCUAUUGAGCUUCCGGUUUCCAAUCAUAGAGGUGUAGAUAAUAAUAAUUGUUUGUUUAAGUGGAAUGUUAAGUUUAGUAACCGAAUCGAAUCGUUUCGGUUUCUGUCACCGAAUGGGUUAAAUUACGUUAAUGGAAAUGUUGAUGAAGAAGGAAAUGAUCUAGAUAUGGAACUAACUAUCGAUUCGUUUAAGCGCAAAGUUCACAUUGCGUUUCAGUGUUUGAAAGAUGUGAUUAUAAGGCAUAGGAUGUUGUUGUAUUUUGUUAAGGAUUUUCCGAACUUGGAGAAACUGUCGAUUACGGAUUCUGGUCGGAGGGGGACGCUUUGUUUGAGCGGGGGGAGGCUGGCUGAGGUGAGGGGGUGGAUGGAUUCCGAGGGUGGGAAUGUGAAACCGGAGAUGAAUCGGAUUGAGGUGCCGGUUAAUGUUAGCCAGUGUUAUGUGCCGGUGUUGAAUUUGCCGGUUUCGGGGUGUGUUAUGAAAGGGGUGACUUUUGUUGUGAUGCGGAUGAAUGGUGAUGUUCGGGAUGGGGAUGAGUGUUUGGUGAGCCGUGGUGAUGGGUUUGAAGUUGAAGAUGAAGUCGAGGCGGCGUAUAGUGAAGCUGUGGUGGAGAUUUUGGAGAAUCAUAAGGAUAAAAUGAAGCGGCUGCUGUAG